AUGGUCAUGUCUAACUUCUAUAGUGCUGGGACCGACGGUCCGGUUGUGGCGGACGAUGUUGUAGACUUGGAGUUGGAUGUCGAUGAUGAAGACCCGAAGGAUGAGAAAACUGGAGAGGAGGAUAUUGAGAAUGAUAAGGGUGGUGUCAACGAAUUGGAGGAAGGCAGUUUUCAUGAGAGCGUGUCUAUUGACUCUGCUCAAGAACGAGAAGACGCAGUUCGAGAGGGAUUCGUGUCAUUCUUUGUGGAUAAGCUUGGGUGUACCGUUUUUGCUCCUUGUUUGGAAGCUUUGGACGGCUUUUUGAGGUCUAUCCAAGAAUUGUUCAUCCAGCUUUUGGAUCAGUUGUUGCGUAUGUUCACGCGUACUGCAAAUGAUGUGACAGAACCACGUGGUCUCGAAGUCGCAGAUGCCAUGGAACCUUCCAAGGCACUAUCUACGGACUCUUCCAAGCUUUUGGUGGGAGGCCUCGAUAAUGCUAGCAUUCAUAGUACUACUAGUACUGGUGGAUUCGGUGGAGCUCCUAUUGGCACUCCUGGUGUGGCGGAAAUGGCGGCUUCGGCUGCUCAAGGUGCUGCGACCUCCUCGGCUUCUGGAGUCGCUGCCAGUGCUAGUGUUGCUGGAGUUUCUGCUGCUGGUCUAACUGGGGCCACCACCACAUUGGUCGGAGCAGUUGCCUCUACAAGUCUAAUCACUCAGGCUGGUGUUGCUGUUGGAGCAACGCUGACUGCCGCAGCAUUGUCUGUUGGGGUAAUCCAGUCAACUUCAACCGCUCCAACCCCAACCCCAGAAUCACAAUCUUCCGUAAUUUUUGACGCCUUUGUUCCCCCCGUUUGCUCGGAUGCUCAAAAGAUGGAGGUCGGGUUUAUCGAGCUUCAGAUCAAGGGAAUCCCACCUGAUCUUGCGUUCAAUCCCGAGGACAAGCAGCUGAUGGAGUUCCUCUUUAGGGAUAUUUACAAUGAUAUCUCUGUGAGUAUACUGCUUCUAGUCUCAAGGUUGCUCGCUCAUUAA